AUGCCUCUCUCCAUGGACAAUUUCUUCUGGCCGUCCGUCUUCCAGAUCCUUGACUUUACCUUGAAGUUCGAGGAGACGAUACUCGAGAUUGUUCCUGCCAGCAGUUUCUUGCUGACUGGAGCUCUCGUUUACCUGCAUUACCGUCGGCAGCCCACCUACAUCCGCGAUGGCCCCCUGCUCUUUCUGAAAAUAGGCGUCGCCAUUGUCCUUGUCGGGCUGCAAGCCGUCAGCCUGGCGCUGCGCAGCACUUCAAAGGCUUAUCGGACGAACACAACACUCUCCGCCGCGGAACUAGACGUUGUCGCAGCUUGUGGCCUCGUCAUUCUGGUUGUUGCUGAGCAUCGGCAUGCCGUCAGAGCUUCCGCUUUCAUCGGCUUGUAUUUGCUCCUCAGUCUCCUCAUUGAUACCAUCGAGGCCCGAUCAUACUUCAAAAGGGGCAUGACUUCCCUUGGUGCCAUUUCAGUCGCUUCAGCUGUGGUCCGAUUGACUUUGCUCGUCCUCGAUGAGGUACCUAAAGUGAAUCUAAUCAUUGAUCCCAUCAUCCGAGAUGCUUCGGGCAGAGAGGCCACCAGUGGCUUCUGGAGCAGGACUCUGUUUUUCUUCAUGGGCCCUAUAUUUCGUGUCGGCUUCAAACGUACACUUCGUCCGCAAGAUUUGUCCGUCAUUGGAAUGGAAUUUUCUUCCAAACGCCUUUUUGCUGAAAUCUCGCGAUAUUGGAAACCGACUGAUCGACUGGGCUCAUAUUCUUUGUUGCUCGCGUGUCUCUACACCUGGAAAAGCGCCCUUUUUACUACCCUUCUCCCGCGUCUACUUCUUACCGGAUUCAAUUUUUCCCAGCCAUAUCUGCUGCAAGCUGUAGUGAACGCUGUUAGUCAAGUACGCGAUACAAGCGAUGACAGCAUCCUAAGUAACAUGAGUCUCCUGAAUCCAUACCUUGUUGUGGCCACUCUGUUCGUCUUUGCUGGAUCUGGUCUCAGCAGGGGUGUUUCAUCGCACAUGAAAUACCGCCUGGUGAUUCGUGUUCGUGGUGGCCUGAUCACGCUGGCGAUGGACAAGAGUCAGCGACUGAAUGUGCCAGACGCCCAAAAAAACGUACCUAUAUCCCUCAUGAGUGCUGAGAUCGCGGGUAUUGCUGAAGACUUGCCUCGAUGCUUAGAAAUACCUUUCAGCUUCUUCGAAUCCGGACUUGGGGUUUACCUGCUGUGGAGAUUUGUCCAGCGGUCGGGUUUUAUGAUCAUCUUUCCCCUUGUCUUUGCCACCGUGGUAUCUAUGAUAUUUGGCCAAUUUUCUGCGCCAGCAAUGAGGGCUUGGAACGAGAAAAUCGAAUCCAGGGUGUCGAAGACUUCGCAAAUCCUAUCCCAACUUCCAGCUAUCAAAAUGCUGGGACUAGGUCCGAAAACCGCCGAGCACGUACAAAAUCUCCGGGUUCGAGAGAUAGAGGCCGCGAAGACGAAUCGCAGCAUCAGCGCAGGUUCUAUUGCGGCUGCUUCAUUUUGCGAUCUUAUUACACCGACAACAGUUAUUGCAGCAGCUCUCUUCUGGGGAGGGUUCGGGGGCAAAUUUACUCCCGAGGUCGUUUACCCUGUAUUGGCACUAGUGGCACAUGUCCAAGAACCUCUCGCCUCACUGUUCAAAUCGCUUCUACAGGCCAAGACAUUGUUGGUAUACUUCUCCAGAAUCCAGCAGUUUCUUUGUCAAGAGGAGCAUGAGGAUCCUCGAAUCAUGAUUGGACAAAUUCAGAGCCAGAUUUCCCCUGACUCCGCAGCGCUAGUUCAUUUCGCCGAAGCUACUGUGGCGCCUCGCUGUUCUGGAACAGCAAUACUAAGAAACAUCAACUUGGAGAUUCGGCCCGGCAGCACUACGGCAGUCUUUGGUCCUACAGGAUCCGGCAAAAGCACCUUUAUCGACGCCAUACUGGGAGAGGCUGACAUUCUUGAUGGCCAGCUGUUUGCCAAUGAUGUUGCUAUUGCUUACUGUGGACAAUCGGCAUAUCUACCAAACACCACGAUUCAAGAGUGCAUCGUUGGACACUGCGAGUAUACAGAAUCAUGGUUUAACACUGUUGUCGAAAGCUGCCAGCUGGCCGAAGAUCUUCAGCGACUGCCAGGCGGUAAAGAUUAUGUCGUGGGACCUGGUGGUAUGGCCUUGAGCGGAGGACAGCGAGUAAGAGUCAGUAUUGCAAGAGCAGCCUUUGCCCUGGCGCAACUGGUAGUUCUAGACGACUCGUUGAGCUCGUUAGACGGCCGGACGGCUCAAGCUCUUUUGAAGGGCCUUUUCGGCGACGGUGGUGUUUUGAGACAGAACCGCGCUGCUGUUGUCAUUUCCAGCAAUAUGGUUGACUGCGUCGACUUUGCCGACCAAUAUGUUGUUCUUGAGGACGAAGGCAAAUUUUCAACAUCUACUCCCCAGAGUGAUCCUAACAUCCGGACGCGGCUGGAGUGGCUCUUUAGCACAAGUUGCACAGCGACUUCCAAUAGCGCGCCAUCAGAGGGUGAGGCGAGCACCGAUCAGACCUCUACUCUUACUGCCACAACAACAGGCAACCAGGAAGCCGACGCCAAGCUUCGUCAACAAGGCGGCAGGUCUUUAUACUCUUUUUGGUGGAGGUUUGCAGGACGCAUGCCCUUUGCUGUUUGGUUCGUUCUGAUCAUGCUUACUGGCGUGGCGGAUGCUUCCCCCAAAAUUGUGCUCAGAUAUUGGGCUGCGAAAGCUGCUUAUGAGAGAAAGUACUUUAUUGCGUACGCGAUACUCCCGUUUGUAGCCGGCGGCUUAGUUUGCGUGUCCCUUCUCGUCAUGUUUCGUGUUCUGGCCCCACGCACAGCACGGGGCUUGCAUGCGGAACUGACAAAGACAGUCUUCAAGGCGAGCUUGGGCGUUCUCGGCGCUGGAGAUACCGGCUCCAUCAUGAAUAUGUACAGUCUUGACAUGACUCUGGUGGCGAAAAUGAUUCCAGCAUAUACGCACAACACGUUUUACUUCACAUGUGCCAGCUUAAGUCAGUUGGGCAUCAUUUUGUCGGGGGCUAUUUACCUGCUCGCGGCUGUUCCAUUCCUUGGGCUAGUGUUGUUUUUUCUGCAACGGUUCUAUCUGCGUACAUCGCGUCAGCUUCGGCAUUUGGAUCUGGAAGCACAAGCACCCCUCGUUUCCUCUAUUCAAGACACCUCGCGAGAUUUGGUCUAUAUCCGAAGCUUUGGUUGGCAAUCCCAAAACAUGGAACGCAAUUUUCGUCUUUUAGAUGAGGCUCAAAAGCCUGUUUACUUGCUGUAUUGCGCACAGGUUUUCCUGACUCUUGUGCUGGACCUUUUGGUUGCUCUUCUUGCGCUGCUUCUGGUGACUUUUGCAGUCUACUUACAGCAUGCCACCUCUGCGAAUGCAGUUGGCGUAUCCUUUUUAAGUCUAAUUGUCAUCAGUGAGUGUUUCAACGGGGUCAUUGUCUCGUGGACGCAUUUGGAAACCUCUAUUGGAGCGCUCGUCAGACUGCAAAAGUUCGCCCAGAGCACACCAAAGGAAGAUGACGGAAACACGCCGUUGCCGGCAGACUGGCCGUCGGCAGGCAAGGUAGAAGUUGACGUACGCGCUGCACGCUAUGAGGCUGCCCCUAAUCAGCCUCAGCGGCCUCCUGUUCUCAAGGAAAUUUCUUUAUCUAUUGACGCAGGCACAAGACUCGGAAUUGUAGGCCGGUCUGGGAGUGGAAAAACAUCACUCCUUUUGGCACUUCUCGGAUUCCUUCAAUAUGACGGCUCUAUCAAGAUCGAUGGCGUAGAAGUCCGUGACACGAAUCGUGAUGAGCUUCGUUCGCGGAUUGUCACAAUUACGCAAGACAACGUUGUGCUAGAAGGGACGAUUCGCCAAAAUCUACUUCCCUUUGACACAGCAUGGGGAGAACAGCCAUUUGGUCCGAAGACUGAAAGAGAAAGCAAUGAAGACCGACAGAAGGAUGCCAUUCUGCAAGAGACAUUAGUGCGUUUACAGAUCUGGGACUCCCUCGAGGAGGCUGGGAAGCUAGAUGCCUUCGUUGGUAAGGUUGGGUACUCUCAUGGGGAGCUACAGAUGUUGUGUAUCGCCCGAGCAGUGGUACGCCGCCGCCUGACUGGCAGCCGCCUUGUUCUAGUGGACGAGGGCACCAGCACAGUAGAUCGUUGGCGAGAUCUGCUCGUUCGCGAGACGAUACAGCAGUACUUUUCGAAAUGCACCAUCAUCGUCAUCGCGCAUCGCGAUGAGACUAUUGCGGACGCGAGUGCUAUCGUCACACUGUCGCACGGCAAGGUGGUUCAGCGGCAGUAG